AUGCCUCAAAGACAACAAACCAUGAACGAUUUCCAACACAUUCUCAAAGAAAUGAUCGUUGCGUGCGCCAACAACAAUCCUGAUGCCUUUCUCUCGAGUUACAAACAACUUCUAACCAUUCAACAGCAACAACAACUCUAUUGUACAUCUUCCACUUGCCCUUCCGUUGUAAAUCAUUCUCCUGAUCAUUCUCCUCCACUCGCCACUUCCACCAAUUCCUCAUCAGACUGUUCGAAUUCUUCUCUGAUCGAAGGCGAAGAUUCUUCAACCACUCUUUCAAAAGAAUCUUUAAAGAAAAUUAAUCCCAAAGCAAAUAAGAAGAAGAAGAACAAAGUUCCCAAACGAUACACCCAAUUAAGAAAACAAUUACGCGAUUGUGAUCACUUUUCAGAUUAUUACUUUGUAUUCAACUCUGAAACCACUGCAAUACCAAAAAAGUUAAAGAUCAACAAUUCUUCGAUAAAGAGAUCGAAUAAGGUGAUUGAAGAAUAUUCUCCCAUCGAAGAAGAAAGUUCACAAUCGAACUCCUCUUCGAAUGAAUCUCGAAAGAGAAAACAAAGAAAGGUGUCAUCGGAUUCUUAUUUGCCAGCACUCACAGAGGUAUCCUCAACGACGAUUGCACCACUUGACACGACACAAGAAGUGGUACCUAAUGUCUCCACCACCGUUUGCAAUGACACAAAUGCCACUUGUCAACCAGAAAUCUUUGAAGAUCAAUUCCAAGAAUUGGUUUCCUCGUGGAUGACUGUCCAACAAUUUAUGAAUUCUUCACAACCAGACCAACAAGUUUCAGUCUCUGACUUUUCUGAGUUACCUUCAGAUGUCAACGAUCUCGACACUUCCUUAUUUGUGGCCGACUUUCAGGACAUGCCUCAAUCCAACACAUUUUGUAGUUUUAACUUGUUUCCAGAAGACUUUCUGUAG